UUGUUGCUUGUAAAGUGGCAUUUGCUUUUUAUGUUAUAAUUUGUUUUACUGUCAAAAGAGGAAAUGUUGAUGCAUAGUAUGUUGUAGUUUUUAUUGUUCUUAUGCAACAGACAUGUAACAUAUCCCACCAGUGAACGAAUAUAUUGGACAACCCUCGUCACAUAGUCCGGCAUUAUGGAUGGACGUCUGCCUGACCGGUUGUCAUCGUCUACCGACUCUCGCCCUUCUACACAGCGUUUGUGCCAUUUAAAAACCAGCCUUGGUGACACUGAACUUGUCCCCGCUUGCCAUUAUAAGUUCUUUGCUUCCGGAGAAAAUGAACUCUUAUAUAGCCAGAGGCAUUGUAUUUGACGUGAGGAAAAGCGUUCAAGGGUUUUGUUCAUGUGUAUGCUUUGGUCAAAGGUGUUCCAGAAUAUGUCCAUCAAUUGUAACAGCCAUUCUGAUACCUUCCGUCUUUAUUCUACAAAUGACAGGACUAUUUGUUGAUCAAUGGGUGUUUGACGGUCAGUACUAUGGUUUUGACAACUCAACACGCCUUGCCUGCCUUGAUAGAGGAUAUAACUCUGGAUCAGAUAAUUACAGUAACUGUCUGUGUGCAUUAGAAAUUUCGUGUAAUACAUUAACCUGCAUACUUUUAUUAAUCUGGUUGUUGGUUGGAUGUAAAACAUGCUGUCAAACAAUGGACAUUGACACUUGUAGAGUUUGCUGUGUUUGUAUUCUACCUUCCCUCAAUAUAAUCUCAGGGAUUUUAAACUUGUGUUGUUGCAUUAUUGCAAUGCAAUUCUUCCAUGAAAACAAAGACAGACAGUUAUCAUACGGAUUUUCGUUUUUUGCGUACGCAAUUUCCGGAAUUUUAACAUUUGUGAUUUCACUUGUGUCUUUGUGUGGAUAUGUUUGCAUAAAGGCGUUUAACUUGAGGAAUGUUUAUUAUAUUCAAGCUGGCAGUGAUGAUGCAGAAACAGAGACAGACAGACUUGUAAGGACAUAAAACUGCUGAAAGUUCAAGAUAUGGAAAGGCUUGUUAUAUAGUUUGAAUUCGUUAUUUUUAAAAAUUCAGUAGCGGAUUUUAAUGACCCUCCAUUGUUUUCACUUAAAAUGUUUUGUUGUCUUUUUUUAAGUUUAAGCAAAAUCCAGUGUCAAUCACAUGAAUGACUCUGUAUGCUGUAAGAUGUAAAUAUUAGAAAAGUGUUUGCUAUUUUCCUCAUGAAAUUUUUCGUCAUUUUAAAUUAUUUCAAUAUUCAGUGUUUUGUAUGCUGAUACACGUAGCAUGAAUAAUAUAUUAUGACUUUUAUUCGCACAUUUUGGAUAUAGCACGGUGAAAACUGGGUCAUUACUGCGUUACCAUUGAGAAACAUUAGUUUUUAGAAAGAUUCUUGAAUUAAGAUAUAUUUACAAAAUUAUAUGUACUUUUAGUGAUAAAUGAGUUGAACCAGGGUAGUUUAACAACUUUAACAACUUUAAAUGUUUAUAUAUAAGGAUGCUCCAUUGAUAGAUGAUAUGACUGGUUUUCUGAACCCAUCCUCUUUCUGUUUUACCAAUUCUGACACAUUUACCUGUUUCAAUUACCAUUUUCAGAUAUGUUUUUCUUUGGUUUUGUGUCUUUCUAUUUCAAAACAAUAGUUUCUAAAGUUAGAUAACGAUGAAAUAAGUAAACAUUUCUUUAUCUAGAGUUAAGAGUUCUUAAAUGGACUCCACUAAGGAUUAUUGACUAAACGGAACUGGAAAUAUAUUUCCGAGAAUUUGUGUGUAAUUUAUUUUAGGUCAUUAAUGCACACUGUGCAUUCCAUGGUGCAUAAUGGGAAUACUUUUAUUAAGUUUUGUGGUGUAGUGGUUAGCAUACUGGACCGGCAAUCCAGAGACCCAUGGUUCGAGUCCCGGCUGCGGCAUGCCGAUUCUUCGUGCGAUUAUUCUAUAUAUACAUGUAAUUUCCCGUUCCUGACUUUCUUUCUUUCAUAUAUAAACAUAAAACACCUGGUGUUUUGAAAUACAAAUUAUUCUGGUAAGGAGAAAAUAAUUGUUGAGCAAUAAAAACGAAAAUAAAGAAUGUUGAGAAUUUGUAGAAUUAAUUUGAUUGACUCUGAUCAUAAGCACAUCUUUAAUUUAUUGAUUUAACUUCUUCACCGUCUCAUUUUCUAUGAUAUUUUCUGAUACAUUUGAUAGAUCCCUACUCUGACCAUUUAUUUGAAUUACAAUAGAUUUCACAAUAAACAUUGACAUGUGCUCUUUUGUUUCUACUGCAUUUAGGGCCAUGUAGGGAUAUAUCCAUACUAAAAAGAGCACAUACACUUUAUGUUAUUAUUAUUGCUGAAUAGAAUAACAUUAAAGUAGACUGAUUGUUUAGCACAAAGAUUGAAAAUCUUCUGCUUUUUGUAUACAAAUUGAUGUAUAUGUUUUCACGUGAUCUUCCUGAAGUAUAUUAUUCAUCUCCCGCGGUCUACCCUGACUCUGGAAUCUACAGGAGACUAACUUGUGUGUAAAAUUUCAGAUCAUUCAGUGCGUACUUUAACUAAAACUGCUUUUGGACCUUAAUUGAGUUGCCGCAUGCAUGAAAUCAUUGCUAAAAAUAAAUAAAAUAAUAAAAAUAAGAUUACAUUUGUAAAAAAGGCUAUGGCACCGUAUUAAUACAGCACUAAAUAGUAGGAACAGGUGUAGAUUUAUUUUGUUUCUAUACAAUUGAACUUUCUUUGUCAUAAUGCAGCAGUAUCUAGUGAUUAUUUUUUAUUUUUUUUUUAUUUUUUUAUUUUUUUUUUGGGGGGGGGGGGGUCAACGUCAUAUAUCAGCAUAUCAAAAUUAAUGUUAGGCAAUGUGCAGAUGUGGCUUAGGCCGUAGUGCAAUAAUUCAUUAAACAAAAAAGAGUUCUUACAUGACAAAAUUUAGGUAUUUACUGUAUUACACAUUGAAAUACAAAAAAGUUAUAUUCUAAGUUAGAUACUGUCUUUUCAAUUAAGCAUUACCUAUUUCUGCAAACAUAAAAAAACAUUUACGAUUAAAAAUCAUCAUUAUAUAUAUAUAUACAUGGUGUGAAUCAUUGGCGACGUCGGUGAGGCGUCGUCUCUUAUGGAAUGUCUUUUUUGUGAUACAGUGUAGGAGCUGUUAUUAAAAGUUUAAGUUUUACUUUGAAAAUCUUAAAAAUCAAGUAAACAAAUAUGUUUAUAUUUGUAUUUAAUAACUUUAUUUGUAAAGCAUGUGCAUUGUGAUAUUUAUUUUUAUGAAAUGGCUGGCUCGAUUUAACAGCUUAUCCCUUAUUUUCUCUUUAUUAAAAGCCAGACUCCGAACAUUGUGUUCAACAUGAUCCUUUUUUGGUCAUGUUUAAAUUGAAGUAAAAUGGGUUAUUAAGCACAACUUUCUAUCUAUUGCAAUUCAGUUUUUUUUUUAUCUUUCCUUGUUUUUGAACACAUGUUGUCUGUAAAAAUUAAAUGGAAUCAAGAUCUUGACCAAGAGCCUCGGUUGACAUACAAUGUCAGUAUUGUUUAGUAUUUCUGCAUUUGCAAUAUCUUGGAUGACUUAUUCAUAGGGUCAAGAACACAGGGUCAAAUAUAGCUGAGAUUUUUUAGGCACAGUAUUAGGCUUGCAGUUAAAAUAUGUUGAUGUUUUAAUUAUAUGUCUUUCAUACGUCUAUCACGUUGAUUUGUUUGUUUAUAUUUUUUAUGAUUUAAAAUUCCUUCUUUAUAAAAGGUAAGUAUUUUCGAGCUGGAUUUUACUUUUCCUCACCUUUAACCAAGAUUUAGGACGUUUACUUUCAGUAAUAUGUGCAGUUUUAUAUGAAAUAAAUGUACAAUGUAUACGAAAAUGUU